AUGCUUCGCCGGACGCCAACAAGCCUCACCAUCACGUCCGAAGACAUCGCCACCUAUGAAGACCGACGCGUCGCACGAGAGCAGGCCGCCGCCGAAGCCCAAGCCCAAGCCCUUCGGGAGCAGGGCAACGACGCCACGAUGAUCUCGAGUAGUCCCACGCCCGAGGAGCGCGAGCGUGAACUCCGAAGAAAACGCCAAGAUCGGAUCGGCAUCGGCGCGGGCAGGCGGCAGGGGCGUUAG